CUUGGACUGAAAAAAAACACUCUCUCAGCAGCUCAGCGGCCGAGACGAUCGCGGAAAACGGAGGAACAGUUUUCUUUUGUAACUUCUUCCCGCUUCCUUCCUCCACCUGUAUGCCUGCGUGAAGACUAAAGCGGCUCAGUUAUGGAGAGCUCCGUCGAGACUUCCCAGACUGGUGGCAUCUCUAAACCCAAGCCAGCUCUGGGCCCCAAACCUCGGCUCGCUCCCAAGCCCUUCUCUCUGCAGAAGAACACGAGCAUUCGCUCCAUCCGUGCCCCGAGGACAUCGGCCACAUCUGCCGCCGCGGGCGCGCCCGGGGUCAGACCCGCUUUGCUCACCUCUGCUCAGCAACCCGCCACCUCUGACUCCAAACCCAGCUCUGUGAGUGAGCUCGCCAAAGAGCAACCAAAAACAACCAAAGAAAGCAAAGCAGUUCCACAUGGAGAAGAUACUCUUGAUUCUGGUGUAGGAAAAUCAGAUCCAGCCCCAGAAACCGCUCCACCCAAAGAGACACCCGAGUCCGAGCCGAUCCAGAAAGAUGACGUCGUCCAAACAAACCACAAAGCAUCCACGGAUACUAACUCAGAACAGAGAGACGGAAAAAAGGAGGAAGAUGAAACUUCUGUUGUCCAAAAGCUUGAAGAAUCAGGUGGCAACAUUUCCUCUACAGCCAGUCCAGCGUAUCAGCGGGGCAGCGUGAGAAAGCGGCUGCCCACGGAGCUCACCUCCAUGUUUCAGUCAGGUGGCCCACCGCCGCUCCCCCAGCCCACUAUCACCGUCUCUACAACCAGCACCAAAGACGAUGCGAACAAGCCGGAGUCUUCAGACCCAGAGCAGACCCAGGCGACAUCGGAGCCAUCGAGCAGAGCGGGCGAUGAGGGCGGACUGAAGGAGGAUUAUGACGGAGGAUGCAGCAUAAAACGCAGAAUCAGCCUUCUGUUUGACUCGUCGUCGAGGCCGGAGGUCAAAACGAGGAGAGAGGAGCCGGAAAUUCUCAACGGCGCAGGAGGCGUGAAGGCGAGAAUCAAGAACUGGACCGCGGAAACGAGCUCUGAGCGUCCGAAGACUGAGAGGAGGCCUCAGGUUGUACCCCGAUCUCACUCUAAGAGCUCUGAGCCAGAGACUGCGGCAACAGCAGAGAAAACACCCAAAAUGCAACCUGUUGAGCCUCCUGCAACCGCGACAUCGUCCAGUCAGGCGGUGGAUCCUCCGCCAAAGGUCUCACCCGCUGAACAACCCACAGAGACGCCAAUGGAAACGUCCAGACAUGCUCUUACUGAAGACAAGUCAGCAGAAAGCCCGAGAGAGGUAUCGGGAGAGCAUCAGGAGAACAAAUCAGCAGAUGGUGACGCCCAGCUUCGCAGUCGUAGCCCAUCUCCAAGCCAACCUGCCACUGAUGAGGGAGACGCAGUGAGCGAGAGCGCUCAGCACGCCAUGAAGAGGGACAGUGUCAAACGGCGCUCUGUUCGUUUUGGCGUCGUGGAGAGAGAUGAUGGAGGGCCUCCAGUGAUCCUGGGCUCAGAGCCUGAAUCCAGCGAAGAAGAAGAAGAAGAAGAAGAGGAAAAUGCCUCCGCGGAUGAAGCCGAGGAGGACGUCCCUGUGUCAGUGCCUGUCUACAGAAGAAUAGGAAUUGCUCAGAAGAAGGAUGAAGAGGUGCAAGAGCAAGAAGCAGAACGACUGAAACAUCUGGAGUUUGAAAGAAAACGGAGAGCAGAGGAGAAUGAACAGUGGAGGCUUAAGCUAGAGGAGGAGCGGAAACGAAAAGAGGAAGAAGAAGAAAGGGAGAAGGAAAAAGCGAGGCAGAGGGAAGAGGAGGAGGAAAGGGAAAGAGAGAGGUUGAAGGUAGAAGAAAUGGAGAGAGAGAUGAAGGAGGAAAGGGAGAGGGAAAGGCUGAAAGAAGAGAUGAUGGAGAGGGAACGACAGAUGGAGCUGAUGCGGCAGAGAGAAGAGGAAAGAGAGAGGGUGAUGCAGAGAGAGGAGAGACAUAAACAAGACCAGGAGGAGAGAGAAAAAGAGAGGUUGAAGGAGGAGGAGAGGAAAGAGGAAAGACUGAGGGAGGAAAGAGAAAGACAGAGGCUGAGAGAGGAGGAGGAGGAGAGGUCCAUUCAUGAACAUGAGGAACACAGAUUGGAGGGAAAACUGAGAGAGGAGGAAAUGAAUAAAGAGAAAGAAAGAGAGGAGGAGUGGGAAAAGGAGUGGGUAAAGAAGACAGCCAGGCUGGGAGGAGGAGAAGAAGAAGAGGAGGAGGAGAGGGAAAGAGAGAAAGAGGAGAGACUUAAACAAGACCAGGAGGAGAGGGAAAAAGAGAGGUUGAAGGAGGAGGAGAGGAAAGAGGAGAGACUGAGGGAGGAAAGAGAAAGACAAAGGCUGAGAGAGGAGGAGGAGAGGUCGAUUCAUGAACACGAGGAACACAGAUUGGAGGGAAAACUGAGAGAGGAGGAAAUGAAUAAAGAGAAAGAAAGAGAGGAGGAGUGGGAAAAAGAGUGGGUGAAGGAGACAGCCAGGGUGGGAGGAGGAGAAGAAGAAGAAGAGGAGAGGGAAAGAGAGAAAGAGGAGAGACUUAAACAAGAGGAGAGGGAGAAAGAAAGAUUAAGAGAGGAGGCAGAGGAAAGAGAGAGGCAGAGGAGGCUGAAAGAGCAGCAAGAAAAAGAAGAGGAGAUGGAGAGAAUGAGGCAAAUAGAAGCGGAGAGACAGAGAGAGGAGGAGAGAAGGGAAGAGGAAAGGAAGAGACAGAUAGAGAAGGAAAGCGUGGAGGAGCUGGAGAGAAAAAAGCGAGAGGAAUUGGAGAAAAAGCGAGCGCAAGAACUGGAAGAACAGCUGAGAGCGGAGGAAGAGAAAGGACGGGAUGGGCGAGGAGAGAGCGCGGUGGACGAGCCGAAUUUAAUCAGCUUCGACUCUGAGGAUGCGCCUCAGAAGUCACAAUCACCGUAUUCUCCCAUCGCAAAGGCCUGCAAGCCCACAGAGAGCGAGAUGGACAUGGUCUACGACGACUUCUCCGUCAGACGGCCCCUGCAGGUGGACUUUGACGAUUUCUCCGUCAAAACAAAGCGAUGGGGCUCGCAGCCUAAAGUGGAAACCAGUCCGCUCAUCCACGUUUGGGCGCCCGACCCCGUGGACAAGGAGGAGGUGGAGGAGCUGGUGCCCCUUGAUGUCAGCCCGCAGGAAAGCAAAGUGCCCGAGCAGGUGGAAAAACCAGACAGCCCAGAACCAACGUUAGCCCAGGAACGUCCGGAGAGGGAGGAAGAGGGGGAGACGAAGGAGGACGAAGUCGAGGAAGCAGAAGAAGAAGAAGACAAGAAGGAGGCACAGGUUUACAGUUAUUGCGUAGACGGUGAAGACAAAGACACCGAUGCUUUGAUAGACCUGCAGAAUGAGGCCUGUGAGCAGACACCUGAAACGGCCGACAGUCCAACGCCGGUCCCUGACCAAGUUCCUGAGAACUUGGAUACCACAGAUUCUCACACAGUGGCAGAGCUGUUUCCAUUCCCUGAGAGCUCCGCUCCUCUCCUCGACACCAGCGCACAGAGAUCGAAGGCAGAUCUGGGCAAGAGGCGAAAUCGAACACGUCCGUCACGCUCGUUCCAUGGAGUUUUGGACCAGAGGGACUGGAGGACCUGUGACUCCACAGAAGGAAAGGAGGCACCUUCUAAGCAAAGGGACUCUGACUCUGAGGAGGAACAGCCGAAACCGAAGCUAGUCUGUUCUCCACCUCCCGCCUCUCAGAGAGUCCCCGUGUUCCCUGGGUUGAGCCCUGCAGCCUUACUAGCUCAGCUAAAAAGGAGAACAGGUGGAGGAGGACCAGGAGGAGAGGAAGCAGAGGAAGACAAGGGAACAGGAGAGAGGGAAAGUCAAAAGGAGGAGGCGGCUCCAUCUCCCUCGCAACUGCCCCGCUCUCCUCGCCCCGCCUCUCAGCUCGCAGGGGCUGCACGUGUGCUGCCACCUUUAGGCGGCACGGACGGAGGUGCUGUCUCGUCUCCCGCUUGGCUGAAAGAACUGAAGUCUAAGAAGCGGCUGAGUCAGUAUGAUGGCGAGGCUUAACCAGCAACAGGAGACACUGUGCCACUGCUGUCCAGCAAGAAUCAGUCGAUCUCAGCUGCUGUUGCUGCUGACAAACACCUUGCCAUGGUUGCUCCAUUUUGAACUUUGAGUGCCUUAUUUUGAAUGUUUACCGAGAUCCUGAGGCCAUCAAGAACUCUUGUAUUGUUUAACAGAAAUGUGUUGCCACGGCUAAGUGCCAAGACUGUGAUGCCUUCAUGCCAAGUACAUGUUUUAUCUUUUGCUGUACAGAGGCAAAGCCAUGGACUGUCUUAGUGUUUGAAUGUGUUCAUCAUAUACUGACAGGGACUGAUGACACUAGGCCUUCAGCAGGGUCUACCUUCACACACACACAAACACACAUAUGUACAGAAAAUACUGACUAUAAACAAUGGAUUGCACCUUGUGUGUAUUUAGUUUAAAUUGUACAAAAUGCCUUACAUCCUUUUUCAAAUCACAGACUGUCUCAAGUAAACCUUUAAGCACUUUAAAAAAAAUUCUAAUAAAUUACCGUCCAUAUAGCACCUCUAAGCAAUAGAAUCAUCAAAUAUCUACUGUAGUAACAUGGUCAAGGUAAUUUUUCUUUUUAUUACACCAUGAAUGUCUGUCUUCUCUUUAAAGGCCCAGUAUGUAGGAUUUAGGGGGAUCUGUUGGCAGAAAUUGAAUAUAAGAAUUAUGUUUUCAUUAGUGUAUAAUCACCUGAAAAUAAGAAUUGUUGUAUUGAAGAAUAUCUACACAGAGAGCAGGCGCUCCUCCACAGAGGCUGCCAUGUUUCCACAGGAGCCCAGAAGAGACAAACCAAACACUGGCUUUAGAGAGCGCCUCUCACAUUUGGAGCAACUGCCUUGUAGGAGGGUGAGGCAAGGGGUGCUCAGUUGGUUGCAGUCUGCAACUUCACCACUAGAUGCCACUAAAUCCUACACACUGGAACUUUGAAGUAAGGUUCCAUAAAACGUCAAGAUGCCCAACCUGGUUUCAUUAGAACGUCCAAAUUUGUGGUCAGAACAUCAACAGUGAACUGAGGAUGUUUUGGGCAUGCUAUAACAGAAUCAGAAAGAGUGUUCUGUAAAAUCUUUAACCCCUAAAAAUGCAUUAAUCUGCUCUCGAUUCUAUCCUGUGCCUUUUUAAUGUUGAAGAAUGACAUGUCGUCAAUGCUGUAAUCGUUUAUGAUCAACAUAAUGUAUGAUAAGAGGAAAUUGAGGGAGUUUUAUUAAAAGUUUUUAUAU